AUGGCAGAACCAGAAGCGCCCGCCGCCACAGGCAUAUACGUUCCACCGUCGAAUAUACCGCCGCCAAAACCACUCGUGUUUGAUGACAACAUCGCGAUAAGUUGGAAAACAUGGAAAAAGGCUUGGAAACGUUUUGAAAUUGCCACAGCAGUUUAUAAGCAAGACGGAGUUGUUCGUGUGUCAACCCUGCUAAGUAUAAUAGGUGAAGAUGGCGUCAAAACAUUCGACACUUUUACGUGGGCAGAAGACGAAAGCGAAGACAAUAUAGACCAGGUUCUAAAGAAAUUUGACGAGCAUUGCGAACCAAGAACUCAAGUUAUUUAUGAACGCUAUCGAUUUAAUAACAGAAAACAAGAACAAGGUGAGAAUGUUUCAACUUAUUUAACCGAAUUAAGAACAAUCGCUCGAAAUUGUGAUCAUGAGUCAAUUACACCCGAUGAAAUAUUAAGAGAUAGACUAGUAUUGGGCAUAAGAGAUGACAAAGUUCGCGAGCGAUUGCUGCGAACAGAUGGGUUGUCACUGAAGAAAGCUGUUGAAAUAAUUAAGGCCGCAGAAGAAACACAACAACAAGUAAAGCUAAUGACCGGAGAUUUGUCUGUAAACACAAUUAAAGAAAAUAAAGGUGACACAAAAUUUACAAUGCGAAAUACCCAAGAGGGGCAGGGCCAAGGUCAAGAUCAAACAAGAGGCAGAGGCCAACAGCGGCAACAGCAUAAUAGUUGUCGAAAUUGCGGAAGAAAUCAUGGCAGACGAAUUUGUCCGGCAUUUGGAAAAAAAUGUCAUAGCUGUAACAAGCUUAACCAUUUCGAAAAGAUGUGUCGAAGCAAAAACGUGUCUCUAGUCCAAGAGGACUCUGACACGGAUUCAGAGGACACGUACGUCAUUAGCUCUGUUUCCAAGAAUGAAAAGAAGAAAGGUUCUCGUGCAAAAGCAGCAGUGACAAAAUUACACAUUAAUAAACAAAAGAAUAAGAACAUUGUUAAGAUUCAAAUAGACACUGGGGCCCA